AUGGUGAAUAUAACUUUCACUCCUUUGAACAGUAGCAAAAGUUAUUCAGUUGAAUUAAAUGACAAUUUUACAUUAACAGAUAUAAGAAAUGCUGUGCCUGAAUUAGGUGAUCUUAUUCAGUUUCGAUUAUUAAUUGAUGAUGAUCAAUUAUGUUUGGAAAAAGAAUCUAUUUUUAAUCGUCAGAAACCGUUAAUUUUACAAAAUCCGCGAAUAACUCUUUUACGACGUGCACCAGGUGGAACCUUUAUUGAAAUUUCACUUCUCAAACAGAUCUUACUUGAAGACCUUAAAGAAGAAUUUAAGAAAUUAGAUUUAACAACAAGUGAAUGUUAUUUUUGUAAGUGUCCAGAAUUGUGUGCUACAAUUCAUCAUACUAAUAUUUGCGUUGAUUGCUUUCCUAAUUAUUUACAUGAUACAAAUUUUCAAUUGCGUUGCAUGCGUGAAGUCUCACCAUUCCAUAGGUAUUCAAUGAUAUUUAGAGGUGCCAACAAUAUUACAAUCAGUUGUUCGCCUACAGAUGAAGAAAAAUUAGGGUUAGAUUUUCAAGAUAUUGUCUUAUCUAAUCGUAGAUCAGAUAAAAAUCUUUGUACUCGUAUUAUUGAUUAUCAAACUUUUUUUAAAAGUUCACAAUUUAUUGAUAAAUGGUCGAUAUUGUGUGAAAUAACUGAUCUUAUCAAAAAUAUUGACUGCCAAAUAUGCUAUUGUGGUGCACUUCUUUUUAAUAUGACCAUGUUUGCUAAACAACAGUGUACAAGUUGUCAACGUUGGCUUUGUUUUUUUUGUAAUCGCAAUUGGAAUGAUCAAUGUAUGAAAAACGGAAGAUUUACGUGCACAGAUGAUGAUUGUGAAUACCAAAGACGUCUUAGUUUUGAUCUUGUUCCAUUACAACGAAAUAAAGCAUUAAUGGUACCUGAUCGUAGAUGUUGUCCGAAUUGUUUUAUUGUUGGUGGUUAUGGGAUACAAUGUAAAUAUCAUGGAUGUCCUCAUUGUAAACAUCAAUUUUGCUUUAUUUGUCUUGAAACAGAAGAAGAUUGUAAACGAAUUUAUAAAGUUGAUUGUGAUCAUCAAUGCGCACCAAUCAAAAAGCAAAAUUAUUCAAUGUUUCCAUGCAUAAAUGAAGAAACUGAACCAACACCGUUUGAUUUAUUGGGACGAUCACUAAAUUUUGAUAAUUAA